AUGGCCACCACGAUUACUUCAACAAUCAAGCUUCCCAGCGGGUAUGAGAUACCUCGUUUGGGCUUUGGAGUCUACAAGACACCUCCAGAGGAGACAGAGCGAUGCUGUCUCGAUGCUUUCAAGGCUGGCUACCGCCAUAUUGAUUCCGCGGCGAUGUACCGCAAUGAAGAAGGCUGCGGAAACGCCAUCCGCGCAUCUGGAAUUCCCCGCGAGCAGAUCUUCUUCACCUCCAAAGUCUUCGACAUCAGCUAUGAUGCCGCCAAAGCACAGGUCGAUAAGAGCUUGGCGCUGGCAAAAUUGGACUAUAUCGACCUGAUCCUCCUGCACAAGCCAAUGGGCGGUUCCGAGAAUCGUAAGGGUGCCUGGAAAGCUCUGGUUGAAGCCGUCGAAGCCGGCAAAGUCCGGUCCAUCGGGGUGAGCAACUAUAGUGUCCACCACCUCAACGAACUCGAGCGUCACAUUGCCGAGCUUGAAACUGAGGGUGGCAAGGGUAAAGGUGGUGUUGUGAGUAUUCAGCAGGUUGAGCUUCAUCCGUGGUUGGCGCGUAAGGAUAUUGUCGACUGGUGCACACAGCGUGGGGUCGCUGUUCAGGCCUACUGUCCUAUUGUGCGCGGUAAUCGGUGGGACGAGCCUGCACUUCAGCGGCUGGUGAAGAAGUAUGGAAAGACGGAGGCUCAGAUAUUGAUUCGGUGGAGUCUGGAUAAGGGUCUUAUUCCGUUGCCGAAGAGUGCUACUCCGUCACGCAUUGCGGCUAAUGCGGAAGUGUUUGACUUUUCAUUGACGCCUGAAGAGGUAAAGGGGCUGGAGACGGAUGAAUAUAGUCCAGUGGCUUGGGAUCCAACUGUGUCUAGGCUUGAAGAUUAA